GAACAUGGGUGACAUUUGGUUCUCAAAUUUCAGAAGAGGUUGCAGAAGAUAUUUUAACGAUAGCUUAUGAAAGUGGAAUAAAUGUAUUUGAUACAGCUGAUAUAUAUGCUAGUGGGAGGGCUGAGCUGCUUCUGGGUAAAAUCUUGAAGAAAAAGGGAUGGAGAAGAUCAUCCUAUGUGAUAACUACCAAGCUGUUUUGGGGUGGAAAACCAGACACUGAAAGAGGACUUUCGAGGAAGCAAAUCAUAGAAGGGUUGAAAGCAUCAUUGGAAAGGUUACAACUCGGUUAUGUGGACAUCUUAUUUAUAAAUAAAGCUGAUCCAAUGUGUCCUAUGGAAGAAGUUGUCCGAGCAUGUACAUAUUGCAUCAACCAAGGACUGGCGAUGUAUUGGGGAACCUCGCGAUGGACUCCGAUAGAAAUAAUGGAAGCAUACACUGUAGCUCGUCAGUUUAAUCUGAUACCUCCAAUAGUCGAGCAGACAGAGUACCACAUGUUCCAGCGGGAAAAAGUGGAGAUUUCUCUUCCUGAACUUUUCCACAAAAUUG